UCUUAUUUAAUUUGUAAGAUGAAAUAAUCUUGAUUGUUUCAGGCUGAUGUUGAAUAUUGAUUUUAUUUAUCAGAUCAAGCUAUUUAAAAGAGAAAUUGUUACAUUCCCAUGAAUGUAAACAGGGGGGAGCAGAAGACCAUCACUCAGAAUUCUGUGACUAAGAGCAGACAACCAAGGACUUACAAAAUGAUCAUGCAGAAAGGUGCAUUGGGCUGGAUUCUAACCUCAGGGCAGUAGCAAAUCAGCUAUAGGUUCUGGGAUACCAAAGUUUUAUCAUAACCAAAGACACCCGGCUCCUGGGAUGGAUCCACAAGGCUCGAGUAUAAAACAUGAGGCUCUAUGGGGGACGAACCAGAUCUUUCCAGGCUCCUGUCACUGUCCAUAAUUAUCCCAGCAGCCACGUUUAUGUGUUUAGAAAUGGCCGAUCAGAUCCAGAUGAGUCAUCAGAGGAGGAAUCUGAAUUCAUGGAAUUACGUCCACGGGGCAAGGAGCAGCAGAGAAGCAAUUCUUCCCAAGCGAGAGCUGGGGACGUGGUGCUACUGGAACGAGAGCUCACAGAGGGCGAUAACCUUAACAAGCUAGCCCUGCAGUAUGGGUGUAAAGUUGCAGAUAUCAAACGUGUCAACAACUUCAUCUGUGAGCAGGACUUGUAUGCUCUGAAGUCUAUCAAGAUUCCAGUCAAGGCCCACGGGCUGUUAAUGGAGACCAGCCAAGAGUUAAAACCUCCUCAGAAUGCCCCUUCCCAGGCUGGAAUGACACUGAUUGAACUACCAGAGUCUGAUGAUGGAGCCACCAGCAGCAGCUAUAGUGAAAGCAGAUACCUGACUGACUACUUUAAGGGGAUUGACCAGACCAUCGAGGAUGCAGUGCAAUCCAAAGUCCAUUUAAAUGCAGAUUAUUGCAUAGAAGCACCAAACUGCCCCCCAUCCGGUUCAGUGGGGCAAAAGAAGCCCACGAAUGGUGCAGACUGUGGAAUCCAGUGGUGGAAUGCAGUUUUUAUCAUGCUCCUGAUAGGAAUCGUCUUGCCAGUAUUUUAUAUUGUCUAUUUUAAAACACAACAGACUGGGGCAGCAGCCCAUACCUCAAACACAACCUUUGCCUUGAAUAGCUCAGCUCAUGAAGUGGGGGGGAAAUGGUCACAGCCCCUAGCAGUCGUGGAAACCCCCAAAGCGAAGAGACAGCCCAGUACUGCCUCACCGCCCAACACUGAUACCCAUAAACCAGUAACUCUGCCCCUAAUGGAUUCAGGGGGCUAAUUUUUUUAAGUGAGCUAAUGAUCUUGACUGAACAGAGGGUGACAUGUUUUCUCUAAAUGAAUAAAGAUGUUUUGUAGCUUACCAAGUG